AAAAAAGUUUUGUUUUGAAUUUUAAACCUAACCUCAAAAUAAAUAGUUUAGAUGAAAAACAAUAUUAAAAAUCGAGAAAGCAUAAUUUAUUUUGCAAAAUAAUUUAGGGAAAAAAUUAUAAUGGCUCAAUUCUUGCCAGGUAGACCGGGUGGCGAGUCGGAUUCAGACAGCGAUGAGGACUACGGCUUUUACGAAAAGCCGCCUAGAAAUUACUACCAACAUCAACAGCAAAAUGAAAAGAAGCAGCUAGAAAUGGACCUACAGGAUGCCAUCAUAAAUGGAAAUUUACAUGAAGUUCGACAAAUUGUUACUACCAGAUUAAAUAAUGAUGUCAAUGUUAGGCUAGAAAGUGGCUGGACUGCUCUCAUGCAUGCAUGUUUUCAUGCACAGGACAUUAUUGUUAAAUACCUCUUGACAGAAGGCGCUGAUCCCAACUAUCGCUGUGAUGCCAUGACACCUGUGAUGACUGCUUGCUCAAACAGUAACGCCAGCAACGAUGCCAUAUACAACAUUGUCAUGGAUUUGAUAGCCAAAGACUGCAAACUCAACUGUAUCGACAACUACGGACAAACACCUCUUAUGAAGGCAAUAGGCUGUGGCAGGGUUGCUGUCGUUCAAAAAAUGUUGGAUCUGAAAGUUAAUAUUGAAAUUAGAGAUCUACAGGGAUGGACAGCGGUAUUCUGGGCAGCUCACCACAACCAACCAGAAAUAUUAGAAAUACUCAUAGCCCGAGGUGCAAGGAUGACGGAAGUUGACAAGUACAACCGUACACCGUUGGAGAUAGCAGAGUUACAUGAAUACAGUAACAUUGUUGAAAUUCUAAAAAGGCAUCUUCAGAUUCCGGAUGAACAUGAAGACUCAUUUUAUAUGGAAAUCACCACUUGGCACGAUUUCUAUCCAGGAAUUAAAAAAGGAGAAAAACCAGAUUACAGAAGCGAGAUACCACAUCUACUAUAUGGUAUGCAUCUUGAAAAUUAUACCCCAACGAUUAUGAAGACUGGAAUGGACUUGAGAACAUUUUUGCUGCUAGAAGAAAGUGAUAUGUUGAAACUAGGCAUGGAAUUACCAUACGAAAGACAAAGACUGAAGAGUGGGUUGCGAAAUUUUCAUAAAAGAAACUGGAAAAUAAAAGCUGUGGCCGGAAUGACCGCACAGAAACAAGAAAAUUUUAGUAUGCUAAACUACUUAACAUCGUUGGGAUCUCAUCUCCAUCAAAUAUAUGUAUUAGAAGCGACAUUGCAGUACACACUGCGGGAAUACAAAAAAAUUCAAGACCAAAUCAAAUUUGAACCCCCAGACUCUAUGCUUCGUGAUAAAUUACAUGAUGCGGCAAAUAAGCUCCUUUCAUACAUCGAUAAUAUUAAAACAGCUUCUGAAAGAGUAGAAAUAAUACUAAAGAAGGUGGCUGAAAGUAACCCGGAGCCUGCGGAUCUCAUCAAAGAGAAGUCAAUUCAGGACACGGUCACGGGCUAUUUCACCGAGGCCGUGGUCGUCGUAUCCAUAGGUUUGAUGGUCUACCAUGUUAAAAACUUAUUCUCCUAUCUAGCGAGAAAAUAAAUGUGUUGUUCUCUUUUUGUUAUUUAGUGUAUGUAAGCAAUAAAGGGCUGGGCUGAAGUAUUUAUGUUGCCAUAUGACAAAAUUAUUAUCUCUCAUUUUCAGAUGUGCUUGUGUUGCACUACGCAAAAUUUUUAAUGUUGCCAUAUUAGACAUUCUGUCGUUUAUCGAAAUUUUAAAGCAGUGUUAAAAAUGACUUAAUUUAACGUUUGAUAAUGAAUAUUAUGGCAUAAACUAAAUUCUUAAUGCAACUCGAGCAAACCAUUGAAUACCUACGUAAUGAGCUAUGUAGACACUUCAGGCUACUUCAACUCUUGAAAGAAUUUAAAAGUAAAAUCACUAAGUGAAAUCUACUAUUAAAUUUCUGAUGUAUAGCACAAAUGUUAUGUAAUACACAUAGUUUUAUGUUAACCAAAGGACUGUUCUACACACAAAAGUUAAUAGAUUUGAACUGCUAAAUAAUAAAUAAUAUGUUUUGGUACUUUGUACUUAAUAAAGCGGCUUUCAAAAAUGUAUAGCCACGAAAAUCAA